AUGGAUCCCCAGCAUAACCCAGACGAACUCAUGGGAGAGGAGGAGCUCGGUGCCUCUUUCUCGGUCGACUCUUUCUUUGCCGAGGAAGCUGUUACCCCCGCUGUCUCUGCUCCGCCCCCUGCGAAGCGCGUCUGUGCUGCCGGUUCUUCCAGUUCUGCGCCUGUGGCUCCCCGUGUGGCCUCGGUGGUGCCGCCGGUCACUCCGGUCAUGGCUCCCGUAGCCGGUCCCUCCUCGGCUGCGCCUGCUCCUUCAACGUCGACCCAGGAAGCCAAUCCUGUGGUCGCCCUUGCCAUCACCGGCCGGUAUCAGCGCCUCCGGCGCAAUCGUGAGACCGUGGGAGUCGUCGUCGCGGCUUUGGCCCGUGACACUGAUGCUCUUGUCGUGCUCCUGUUUCCUGAGGCUCUUGAAGCACAUCGCAGCCGUAUCCUAACCCGCGUCCGCAGCAUCCUCCGCGGCCGUGACUUCUCGGGUGGCCGCGUCCCCGUGUUCGAGGCUUCUGCCGGCGAGCUUUUGCGCCUUCCUCGCCGCUCGUACUGUCGUCGCAUGCUUCAAUGGCCGUCUGCUGACUAUGCGAACCGGUUCAAGCAGCUCCUACCGAUCACCUACCGCUCUUCCGAAGGGCCGUCUGCGGAAAUCAAGGUCUACCAAGAUCCUGCUCCCGAUUUCUCCGUGGCAAAGGCUCGCGGUGAAACUGUUCUGGUGCUGCGUAACGUGCCUGUGGGCUUCGCGGUCCACACGCUUCGUUCCCUCCUUGUGUCGAGUGCUUCGAAUGGCGCUAGGUGGCUUGGUGAUCUUUUGUUUUUUCACAAGCUGUUUGAUCCCUACGAGGAAUCCUUUCUCCCCCAGAUGCUCGGAAUCGCCGUCGCGCCUCCCAACGACCCGCUGUUCGAGUCCAUCCCGGCCGUGAUCUGGGUGCCUAACGUGCAAGAGCCCAUCUUGGUGAAUAUCUCGGCACACUCGAUCAUUGGUCAGCACCCUUCCGUGGCCUCCUUCAAGGCAGACCCGGGCACCUUUUUCAUUGGGACAGACCUCGAGGUGGAGGUCUGGACUUGUGUUCUGUGCUCGUACCGCUGUGGCUGGGCCCUGGACAGCGCGAUGGAACACAUCGCUUGUGCCUCUCACAAAGCUGCCUCUCUGCAGAUCGCCGGCAAUGUCACUCCAUUGGAAGAGUUUGGAGAUGUGAAAGUGCACAUCUUCAACCAGAACUUGACCAUUGCCGCUUUUCUGGCUCAGGGAUAG